AUGCCCAAGUUCGUGAGGCGUCAGCCGCUGAUUGACAGAGUCAAGGCCGCCCUCAACCCAUACGACUUCCUUCUAUGGCUCUCGGAAGAGAUUGAGUCAAAUGGCUGGGAUCAACUUGAAAAGGAAUGGGCUACACCAAUCGGUAUCCUGCUAAAUGUGUUCUUCAUCAUUGCCCGGGCGAACUCAAGGGCGACAUCCCGUAGCUAUGACGAUGUGUUUGGAGAUGUGCCUCAAGUGGCAUGGACAGCAUGGCUGAGCAGACUGGUAGUUCUUUUCCUGACCGGUUUCUGUCUUGUAAACGCAGCCUACACGUUUUCGCGCAAAAAGCACUACCGACUCUUCGAAAAUUCCAUCGACACAGUCCCCAGCACUCCUUCGGCAAGGCGAGUGCGAGUUGACUCUUCCCCUGUCUCUUCCUCGCCCUUACGAUUCCUUUCCUCUAUCCUCGGGACAGAGUCCGCCCAGUCAAGAGCACAUCCCGAUCCGAAACGAGAUGUCUGGGAAGUUGCAAUUUGGGACCCCUUGCCCUUAGCGCUCCGCAUAUUCUGCUACUUCAGCCCGGGUCAUAUCCUGAUUUACUGGCUUUUUUUGCCAACGCUGGCCUCUGAUCCCCGACCGAGCGUCACCAUUGUCACUGCCAUGUUCCUCGCAAUUCUUCUGUCAGCCCAACUGUGGCAUCUUCAGUCGAGCUUUUCUACUCAGGCCAAAGACACAGCGUUUAUCUCCAAAGAGGUCAUGCAUGAAUAUGAUACGAAGUACGUGAGACCACGUACACAACCAAUCUACAGGGAUGUUGCGACACAGUUCAGUGAAAAUGCCUCCUACAGCGCCAGCCGUGAUGAGCAUUAUAACACGGUGGAGGUGUACACACCAAUGGUGGUCAUUAAUCGUGGCUUCAACACGCACGCCAACCCCAACUACUCUCAGUACACUGAUCCAGACGGGGCCAGCUCGAGCAACUUGCGACACCGCGUCUCUACCCCUGAUUUUAAGUCCCCUGCGCAAGCUAUACAGCCAAGUUCUUCGGUGAGACCGUUGACUGCUAUGCGUCAACCAAACUUUCGUCCAGUUCUAUCUGGUGGUGAUGGCGGAAGUCUCGGUGUCUACUCACAUGCUGCCUCUCCUCUGAGAAAGAGUGCUUCAACCAAUUUUUCACGCGACCGUCUCACUCAAAGCCCCGAGAAACGGUCAAUGAGUCCUGAUAAACGGAUGAGUGUCCCUGCAGGAGGAAUAAACACCAUGGCUGCAUCUCAAAGAUGGGGCCAUUUGAAACCUGAUCGACAUCGACGAGAGAGCGGUCGGUUCUAG